GCCAGGGGGUGCCUCCGCCCAGGGCCGGACUGAGCCCGUAGGGGGUGAAGCCGCUGAGCUCUCCCGCCCAGGAGACAGCCCCAGCUGGGUAGAGGGCGGGCCGGAUCUGACUGACAGCGAUCGCCGCCAAUCCCCGCGCGGAGAGAUUAACCCUGUGCUGGCCGGGGCGGAACCUUUGUCUGGGGAACCGGCCUCCCAAGUCCCCCUGCGGCCGGGCGGCGAGGUCACAGUGCAUGUGACUGAUGAGGACACGACCCCAGAGGAGAUGGAUGUCCCUGAAGUAUUAUGGGAAUCUCAGAGCACCCAGCUGGAGCCACCGCAGCCCCAUCCCGCAUGGGGAUCCUUGGAGGAGGCGGUACUGAGGAAGUACGAGCUGCCAGGCGCCCCUGGAAAGGAGCCCAGAGUUGGAAGAGAAAUGGGUGCUGGAAUCCUGAGCUGGGCUGAAGAGCAGCCUUGCAAAGAAGGGCCUGAAAUGGUGCUGCCCCCCAGCGUAUCACAGAGUGGCUCAGGAGAGAGCAUUACCCAUAGACCUGAGCAGGGAGGAGCCUGCAAGAGGCAGAAGAAGAUCCCAGCAGGGAAGGAGCCAGGCACCGCAGAGGAACAUGACAGCAGAUUCAGGAAACUAACCCAGCUCUUUGCGCAGGGGAGUCCUCAGACCACAGGGGAUCUUCACCAUGAGCAACAUCAUAGAUGUCGACACUGUGGGGAAAGCUUCAGGGAAAAGCAGGAGCUCAUGGAUCAUGGCAAAGUCCAUGAGCGAGAGAGAUGCUAUCCCUGCGCUGAAUGUGGAAAGAGAUUCAGCUGUCCAGCACAUCUCAAAACCCACCAGAGAAGGCACACACGUGAGAAGCCCUACUCGUGUGGAGAGUGUGGCAAACUCUUUGGCUAUCUCUACACGCUGACUACGCACCAGAGAACUCACACGGGGGAGGGCUUGUUCCCCUGUGACGAGUGCGGGAAAACCUUCACCAGCCCCUCGGACCUCAACAAGCACCAGCGCUCCCACACGGGCGAGCGGCCCUACCCCUGCGCCAAGUGCGGGAAGCGCUUCAAUCGGCUCUCCAACCUGAAGAUGCACCACAGGACUCACACGCAGGAGAGGCCCUAUCCCUGUGUCGAGUGCGGGAGAUGCUUUGGCCACCUCUCCACGCUCGUGAGGCACCGGAGAGCCCACACAGGGCAGAGACCCUUCCCCUGUGCUGAGUGUGGCAAGACCUUCACCACCAGGACAGGGCUGAGCAAGCACCAGAGAAUCCACACAGGCGAGCGGCCCUACCCCUGUGGGGAGUGUGGAAAACGCUUCGGCUACCUCUGCGCUCUGACCACACACCAGCGGCUGCACACGGGGGAGAGACCCUUCUCCUGUGCUGAGUGUGGGAAAACCUUCACCAGCCCUGCAGACCUGACCAAGCACCAGCGCUCCCACAUGGGUGAGCGGCCCUACCCCUGCGCCGAGUGCGGGAAGUGCUUCAGCCAGCUCUCCAACCUGACGAUGCACCACAGGACUCACACACAGGAGAAGCCCUACCCCUGCACCGAGUGCGGGAAGAGCUUC